CUAUUGGAAAAUAUUCCUUCUACAUGGUAUCAGAGCCCUAAUCGGCUUCUGUCUUCUCCCUCUCUCUCUCACGAUCGGAAAUCCCUUCCCCCAUCCCUAUUGCCGAUCGGCUUCUUCCCUAGGCAACCAUGGCCGACAAAAAUCCUUCCUCCGGCAAGGCUAUUUCAACCUCCGACACCUCUUCCUCCAACAACUCUCCUCACCUCGCCUUCACAACUAUAUCAAAUAUCAAACUUCACAUCCCCGUACAACUGAGUUUGUCGGAGCCAAAUUACAAAAAGUGGAGUCGCUUGUUUCGUCUCUUGAUUCUCCGCUUCAAUCUCAAAGGCUUCAUCGACGGCACCACCAUCGCCUCUUCUGCAGAUGACGCCGAAUGGUACCAAUUUGAUGCACUCAUUCAAGGGUGGAUCCUCUCCACCAUUACGGAUGAGGUUUCUGAUCUCGUUCUCGCCAACAAUCUCUCCGCUCAUGCACUAUGGAAGGCCAUCUACAAUCUCUUCCACGACAACAAGCACGCCCGGGCGAUGCAACUGGAACAUCGCUUCCGCACCACCGUCAAGGGCAACCGAUCUAUCAACGAAUAUUGUCGUCUUCUCAAGAACCUCUCCGAAUACCUUGAUGAUGUUGACGCUCCGGUGACCGAGCAUGCUCUCGUUCUACAGGUUCUCCAGGGACUUCCACAUGACAUCCGUGGCCAAGUCCAAUUUCUCCAGUACCAGAAUCCUCUCCCCACCUUUCUGGAAGUUCGGUCCGCCCUCCUCCUCGUCGAACAGCAGCAAUCUGACUCUAUCCACGGCGCCGGCGCGCCGCCUACUGCCUUCCUUAGCACCGGCAGUGGCGGCGGCUUUGGGGGUGGCGCACAGCGGCAAGACAAGGCGGACGGACGUGGUGGCUACGGCGGAUACGGCAGGGCUCCUGGCGGCGGCAGUGGUGGCAGCGGCAAUCGCGGCAGGGGCCGAGGGUACCCUUCCCACUUCCCCUCCCCUCACCCUAAAUAAUGUCCUUGUUUCCCCACACAUCAUACAUAACCUCAUCUCUGUCCGUCAAUUUACUCGUGAUAAUAAUUGCACUCUUGAAUU